CCCGGCUGCCCUACGAGAUGGUGGAAGAGAUAGCGGCCCACUUACCAACGUCUAGUGUGCUCAGCCUCCGGCUGAUUUCACCAGCAUUUACUCCUCCAUUUUACAGUCAAAUUUUCUGGGCCACUAGGUUUCAAGCCAGCAGGGAACGGGGGUUCCUCUUCAAAAUCUGGCAGGGCCCAAGACAUCGCGAUUGGCGUGCCCUGUAUUACUUGACAAAUUCCACCAACCUUCCUCAAUCUUUGCAGAAUAGGAAACGGGUCUGGGACUUGGUCGAGCCUCUUGGGCAGGAAAUUUCUCUCGAAUGGGCAGAUUCGUCAACCCGACUUCGCACGGAAGGAUAACUGGAUGGGUCCCGCUUGAUGGCAGUAUACGGCGACCUCAGUGAAGUAGAAGAAAGCGAGCCCGCAUCAUAUGAACCUAGCCAGGUUCUUGACCCACAGGAGACUCUCAUACCGCGCAGAGUUUCGAAAUUUGGUGUCCCAAUCGUCCACGACGGUGACAUUAGCUAUAUCGCAGGCAUACAAAUUGUCACCGAGGAAGAUGGACAAACCAUCUAUCUAGGCUACACUAGAUCAGAAGUUACUACAUGUAUAGAGGUCAACUGUGUAAAAGGACUCACAACGUCCAUCGGCACGCGAGGUAUUCAUGCACUGCAGGUUGUCAUGGAUGAUGAUUCGCUCUCCGCGUGGCUAGGGAAUCCGGACAGAGGUGCAGUAACACGUCGUUUUGUCUUUGCGAAGCAAAUUAUCGCUUUGGCUGCUGCAUUUGGUGGCUUCAAACUUGUUAACCUCUUCGCCUGGGGUACACGAAAAGGCGCCGCCUCACAGGGAAGAUUGUAUGAUUCCUUCCGGAACCAAAUGAUGUGGUUUCCCGAGAUCCCUUUUCCGAAUAUGCACUUGAAUGAGGCUUCAUUCCUUGGUAAAAUGAACAACAGGAUGGUAUUCCAGCCUAUGUGCUGCGCUUCAUUUGGGGGAUCCGGAGGAGAAUACCUUCGACUUCUAAGGGGCUUAUCUGUCACCUUUAACGGUUGGAGUAAACCGAAGAUCUUAAGUAUUGAAUUUCGCUACCUCAAUUCCAACAAGGGAAUUCCGUCCACCUGCCAAAAUAUUCCUCGCUAUAACCGCCAUGACCAGGAAAAUACCGCGACCUCUGAAUUCUGGGACAUCGACGGUUCUGGAGGAGAAUGCAUCAAAGAUAAAGAGGUUAACCUUACGAGACAUGGCUUGGAAGGUCUUAAGGAACAUCCUACACCUUCGGCAAGCGCAGUGCAUAUGAUGAAAGACAGGCACCAAGGUAUACCAAGAUCAAAAAUGCUCUUGGGACUAUACCUACCGGACUGUACACUCGUCAUGUAGAAGAUCAGGUAAUGUUGACAUCUUAAAUUAAAGAGACGAGAGCUAAAAGGGGUUUAAAUUGAUCAUCGACGUUAUAAAUUCCACGGUCUGGGAGUCAUUUCGGACAAAGUAGAAGGAUUUGAAAUUGAAUGUUGUGUAUUAUAUGUUGCAUAUUUGCUGUUGGUC